ACAAGUACGUGAGCAUAUUAUAGUUUGAUAUGAAAAGGACGAAGAGCUUUCAUUUUAUGAUACCAGCAAAGAAUGUCUCCUGUGGGGUUGAGUUGUUGUAGCCGUUGGCUAUCCCGCUUCAAAACCAUUUAUUCUCGAAGCACAGUCGUUUCAUUCUCUUCCACAGCUACCACCACUACCCCACCUAACGAAAAUGAGACGCCGUCGAGUCGACCGGCUCCGCCUCCGAUCCGAGUCGCACUCACCGAGUCAGCAGGUCGAGGCGUGUUCGCCACUGGGAGAAUCGGUGCCGGAGACACAAUCCACAGUGCUAAACCCCUCGUAUCUCAUCCUUCUCUUUCUGCCAUUAACACUGUCUGUUACUAUUGCCUCAAAAAGAUACAAACUUUUUCUGGGUCUCAACGUCAAGGCGUUUCCUUUUGCUGUGAAAAGUGCAAAGAAAGCUCUAAGGUUUUUUAUGAUGUUGAGAAGAAAGCAGAUUGGCUAGAUUUUGAUGAUUAUUGCAGGACUGAAGGUAUGAAAUAUCCCCUUUUGGUCAAGCGGUUAGCUUGUAUGGUCAUAUCAGGAGCUGCACAAGCCAACAUUGUUGACAUACUUCAACCAGCUAGCUUAACUCAAGAGAUGAUUUUAAAGAUGGAAGAGGGAUUUCGUUUGCUACAGAGUGCUUUCUCAAAGGCAAAUAUUAGAAAAGAACAUACAUCUUUCUUAACCAAACAAUGGUACACUGCUGUGCUUGCACGAAUUCGCAUCAAUGCAUUCCGUAUUGACUUGGCUGGAGGAGUGUAUGAAGAUCUCCUUUCAUUAGCUGCAGCCUCUGUAGAAGCUGAAUCUGCAGUUGGAAAUGCUAUUUACAUGCUUCCAUCCUUCUACAAUCAUGAUUGUGAUCCCAACACACACAUCGUAUGGAUAGAGAAUGCUGAUGCAAAAUUGAAGGCGCUCCAUGACAUUGAGGAAGGUGAAGAGCUUCGGAUAUGCUAUAUUGAUGCCAGUAUGAGUUGUGAUGCUAGACAAAGUAUCUUGUCUCAAGGGUUUGGUUUCAAGUGCAAUUGUCUGAGGUGCUUGUCUGGUGAUUAAGGGGUGUAUGAUCUUUGCCUCUGACCUAUUGACUGUUUUUGUGCUUGCUCAGUAAGCUUUAUAAGGAUGCACUCAUAUGUCUGUUGUUUCUUUGACAGUUGUAAGAGGUUAGGGUAAAGGAGGUACUCUGUAUUUUGUGUGUUUGUACAAGGCUGCUUGUAUUCAGAGAGUUUCUUAGAUCCCUAAUGCGAAAACAUUUAAAUGUAUAAUUGCAUUCAAACAAUGGGAAAUAGUGGAACGUGAAUUCAGAUUUGGAUGGGCUGUACAUAAUCCCUUUUUCGAAUAAAGGUAU